AUGACAACCUUUACCAAACAGGUUGAGCAUGAAACGCCCGUUAUUUCGGUCCAUCCGACUCGGCGCAUCUCCAAGAUCAACCCUAACAUCUAUGCCGGUUUUACAGAGCACAUGGGCCGAUGCAUCUACGGCGGGAUCUACGACCCGGGCAAUCCGCUCUCCGACUCGAACGGAUUCCGCAAAGACGUUCUCGAUGCGUUGAAGGAUCUGAAUAUCCCUGUCGUGCGCUACCCCGGCGGCAAUUUCUGCGCCACGUACCACUGGCUCGAUGGGGUGGGCCCUAAAGACCAACGGCCUUCAAGACCCGAGCUGGCUUGGCUUGGAACGGAAACAAAUCAGUUCGGCACGGAUGAGUUUAUGAAGUGGUGUGAGGUGCUGGGGACGGAGCCUUACCUAUGCUUCAACUUUGGGACAGGCACUUUGGAUGAGGCUCUUGCGUGGGUCGAGUACUGCAAUGGCACCGGCGACACUUACUAUGCCAACCUCCGGCGGAAAAAUGGCCGACAGGAGCCAUACAAUGUCAAAUACUGGGCCCUGGGUAAUGAGACAUGGGGCCCAUGGCAGGUCGAGCAGAUGACCAAAGAAGCCUACGCGCACAAGGCGAUACAGUGGGCAAAGGCUCUCAAACUGCUCGACCCAAGCCUCAUUCUAAUUCUCUGCGGCCAAGACGGCACCGCCUCAUGGGACUAUUACACGCUCAAGCAUUGUCUUCUGCCCGCGCACUCCGCGCUCUCCACCAGCGCCGUGCCCUUAAUCGACAUGCACAGCAUCCACCUGUACACCUGCUCGAACGAUCACCUCCCCAACGCAACAGCGCCACUCGCCGCUGAGCGCGCCAUCGAAAUCACCUCGGGACUGAUCGACCUCGCGCGCAUCGAGAAUGGCGUCCCGCCCACCCAGCUCCGGCCUACGAUCUGCUUCGACGAAUGGAACGUGUGGGACCCCAUUCGCGCAGAGGGCAGCCAGGGCGCGGAGGAGAGCUACACGCUCUCUGACGCGCUGGCUGUGGCCAUCUGGCUGAACGUCUUUGUGCGCAAGAGUCGCGACGUCGCCAUGGCAUGCAUCGCCCAGAGCGUCAAUGUCAUCUCCCCGCUUAUGACCACCAAGGAUGGGAUCACGAAGCAGACAACCUGGUGGCCGCUGUAUCUGUUUUCGAAGUAUAUGCGUGGCUGGACGGUGGCAGCGCAUGUGUCGUGCGGUGUGUACGAAGGUGAGACCUCGCCGGCUUGGUUGCGCGGGGCGCGUGAUACGCCCUGGUUGGAUGUCAGUGCGACGCUGGGGGAGGAUGGGUAUGCGAACCUGGCGGUAGUGAACAUUCAUGACGAGAAGAGCUUUGAGAGUGUGGUUGAAGGCGUUGUGGGCGGUGCGACGGUCUUUACGGUUACGGCGGGGGAUGUUAUGGCUACGAACAUGAAGGGCACGGAGGAGGUGAGUGUCCAGGAGUCGACGUGGGAUGGAAAGGGGCCGUAUGUGUUCCCGAAGCACUCUCUGACGCUGCUGCGAUGGAAGGCAGAGUCAAAUUAG